AUGCCCACCAGCCCGAGGAUAGAAACGGCACUUGAUGAUGUCGACGCGCGCACGUCGGCUCUGUGGCGCGAGCUCGUGGACACCAGUGUCGAGUGCGAGCUAUGCAACGAGCCAUACAACGACGACAAUGCGGACGAUGCCGGCCACAUCCCGCGCCUCUUGACGUGCGGCCACACUUACUGCCAGAGCUGUUUGGAUGACUGGGCGACGGCAAAUACUCGUCUGGCUGACGCUUUGGGUGAAGAAAUGGCCGUGGAAUGUCCAACCUGUCGCCGCGUCACGCGUUUGAACCGGGCGAUAGGCGCACAGGCGCUUCCUAAGAAUUAUGAGCUCGUGCGCGCCCGUCAGGAGAUGGAAGCGCGGUCUCAGAUUCACUUGGUUCAACUCAAGCAGGACGGGGAGAGUGUGCAGGCUUCCCAGCGUGCCUUGUUUCUGGCCAAGCAGGUGCAGAUCAAUGAGCAAGAGAAGAAAGAGGCACAGGAUCUGGCCGAAGAAGCGAGACGCCGCGCGCUGCUCGCGUCGCAGCAAGCGGCAGUGCUGCAGGCAGAGACUGAGAAUUUGAAACGGCAGCUUGAGGUGGAUGCGGCGCAACUUGCUCGAGUGCAACUUGAUGCCUCUAGUGCUGCAGCGGUGGCAAAGGAGCUGCAUUCCAAGGCGGAACAGUUGCAGCAGCAAGUAGACUGUGUCCGUGCACAGCUGUCGCUACAUGCUGGAAGACAUGACCCUAGCAAGUUGGUGGUGCUUGUGUGUGAACCGACGACAGUGGGUUCGUGGUUGCUCCCAUACACGAGGUAUGCCGUGAUCAGUAUCGCCAGUGACACGAUAAAGGGUGCACAAGCCAUUGACCCGUACCAAGCUGCUAAGACAUGGACACGCCUUCACCAAGUUGAAGAACCCAGCUCGUCUGUCAAAGUGUACCGCCGCUACAGCGAUUUUGUCUGGCUGCAUGGCGAAUUGCAGCGUCAAUUUCCAUUUGAGCUAGUGCCCUGUGUACCGGGGAAGCAGAUCUUCUUUAACAAAGAGAAGGAGUUUGUUGGUGAACGCAUGCGGCUAUUGCAAGCUUUCUUGCGCGGUGUAUUACGACUGCCGCUUCUCUCUGUGACGGAAGAAGUACGUGCUUUCUUAUUGUCGACCACUGAAGAGCUCGAAAGUCUUCGACGUGCCACUUCUACUUAUUACGGCGGAUUGGAGGAUGACGACCUGCUGUCGUUGGACGAAUGUUCACCCUGCGACGACGUGGAGUCCCGAAGCUCAUCAUCCCCGCGAGCUAGUUAUGCCCCCGCAUCGUCCACCAACACUACACUCAGCAUGCACAGCAGUAGUUGGAGUGCAUGGAGUGCUGUUUCGGCCAUAACUUCAAGCGCUGCAAAGCUAGUCACUACAACUGGCACGGCUCUUUCUGGCAUGAGUUCGAAAACCGGUCCAGCAAGUCUUCCUACAGAUUGCGAACUCGAGUUGUCGAGGAGUUUUACCGAGGCAGAAGGAGAUAACGCAGCGACUCGCUCGUGCAUUGAUCGUCGUCGUAAAUAUAUAGACGUGGCAAGGUCGUAUCAGCUAACAGCUCAAAAAGGAAGCCAACUAUCACGAGCUUCGCGUCAACAGUCGUACCACUUACACCGCAUGUGUGAACUUCUACAUGAUAUGAACAAGUUGGAUCAAGAUCAUGCGCAGCGGCGCCGGCAGAGACUUGCAGCAUCUGAUGACUUGAGGUCCCGUUUGGAUGAUGACGAUGACGAUAUGGAGACUCGAGCCUUUGGUGAGCGAGCAUCCGAUGUAUUUAGUGCCAUUUCUCUUAACACAAAAAACGAUGCGGAUUGCAUGGAGUACGCACUGUUGGAGGUCGUCCGCAUGCAGACACUAGAGCUUGGAGGCAUUGAGGAUGCUUUUGCGCGUGUCCGUCGUCGUGAGGAGGCGCUUCAAACGCAGCAGCAAUUGACCCCACCAUCCAGCAGUCCCAGAACAGUCAACCACUCGAGUGACUAUGGAGUUUCACUCUCUGCCGUAUCUCUUAAACGCGACGAGUUGGCAACACACAGGCGCGAGCUAAACGAAAAAGUGGCAAGUCUGGACCCAGGCCGCUCGCAGUUUGUGCUGGACGUGCUUGGUAAAAACACGAGCGAGAUGUACAAGCUGGCAAAGACUAAACGAAAACUCUUUCAGGCCUCGCAGCAGCAACUUAUUGGUUUGGCCCGUCGCUUGUCACCCGGACGAAGAGAGCAGGACGUGCAAGAAAAAGGCCAGCAAGCCGCCCCCACGACCGACUACUGCCUGGAGGGUCCUUCCAGUCAGCAAUUUCAACGCAUGGCACAGCAGCAGUGGAGAACCGCGAGUGGAGCUCCUAGCGACUACCAGACGGCCAAGAUGCAGUCGAACGAGGGCUCGGUUUCAACCGACGGUUGCGAGGCGAGGGAAGGGCGCGGCCCGAGGCUUCGCUUCACACACGAUCAGUGCGAGAAAGAGCUUUUUUCGAGUGAAUACUUGAGGAGCAAUAAAGCCAGUGGUCACAAGAAUCUCCGUUGUUUUCCUCAUUGCUGUGGUGGUCAUAAUCCCAAGAGUUUCUGUGGCUCGGGGCUCGUGGUCGAGUGCUUGCUGCCGACAUGUCAAGUAGUGCUGGGCAGGUUUGAAGAACUGGCAAAGCAGCUGCCAGCUCACGCGAAAGCGCUUCCGUCGCCAACUGCAUCCACGGCUGUCGACACGAGUCUUGGCCGCAAUAACCUCGUGGUUGGUCGUGAGUAUCCUCGUCAAGAGCUCUUUGACGAUGUCAAGAUGCCAGACCAGCCUUUCGGUCGCUGGUUCCGAGGCACGGCAGUGCCAGGUGGCAGCACGUCGGGAGCAGAAAGCUCGUGCUUUCUCCUGAAUGGUAAUCGCCAGUCGUGGCACUAUGGAUGGCAGUCGUCGCGACUUAACUGCAAGAAUCUGCACGUUUUCAAAGUCUACAUUUUUGAUGCAAGUGCUAGCGGAAAUGACAACACGAUGACGUGCAUUGCUGCACUGGCAUCACCGGCGUUCAGGAUCUCGUCGAGCCGCAAGGCUAGAAAGACGUUCCGUGCACCCAUGAGCCAUGCGGCGGCGCUUGCUAACAGCGCUGUGCCAAGUUUGUCAAGUGGGUCGAUGGGAUUGCAACUGCCGCGACACGUGCUGUCUGCUUUAAGAAGUCCUGGAGUAGGUUUGCCGCCAGGGUCGCAAGGUGCGAGGAGUAUUGAUGAGUUCUUGGGAAGCGCAGCAGGCAGUAAUCACACUGCUGCGGUAAAUGCAGCUACUCUGUAUGUGGCAGCCCAGCAACAACAACGACCGCCGACGGGCUUUAUGACGAGGCAGCAGGACCCUGCUCGGCGUGAACGCAAGCGUUUAACUCGAUCGGCUUCACUCAAGACAGACUAUUUCUCGACCGUCUCUUUCCCUCCACCACAAGAGCAGCAGCAGCAAUUGCACCAGCACCAGCUGUAUCAACAAUCCCAGAGACUGUCGCUUUCUGCCACGCAUCCACUGCAUUUCGAGGGUCUUCGCGACAAUCGGGUAUCGAUGCCAUCGUUGCCAGGUGUAGGCGCUUUCCUGAACAACUCUGUGGGACCUCGCGCAGCAGAUGGUAAUCGAUCGGUCCAUACGCGGCGGUCAUCCCUAGCCGCUCUUCCAAUGCCUGCUUCCAAGCCGUUGAAUAUGCCGCGCCAACCCCCAAGACCAGUGCCUGUGCUUACCCCAAUUACAGGCAUGAUGCAGCUUCGAUUGGAGAAUCACUCGCUUUAUUCCAGGACUCCACUUGCAAGCUCCACUCCGUCAUCUACCCGUUCUGCGGUCCCUUCUUCUAGUACAAGGACUCCUGUUGGAAACACGUCGCGCCUUACGGCUGCAGCUUUGCACCAGCAUGCGUAUGCUUCUGCCAGGCCGUAUCCGUACGUACGGCGUGAUACUUGGUUGAGCAGCUUACAAGGCAUGAUUCCAGAAGGAGGUGGCAUUCCGAUGAUGAUGAUGUCACCAACAACGACUGACAGUUAUCUGAACCGCAAGCGCAACCGCUCCACGGACUCAGAUAAGGCAAUCACGGCUGCCAUUGAGGCCUCGGAGAAAAUUCGCCCAACUUUGUCGCCCGUGUCAUCGCCUGGAUAUUCGCCUCCAAUGGUGGCUCCAGUCCCUACGGACAGUGAACUUUACCGUCGCGCACGUAUUUUGCAGCUAGCGUUCACUAUUGUUAAGCGUAUUCAUCGCUUUGAAGAAGUUGCAGCAAAGCAGAAGGAGUCGAACCCUAAGGUGUAUCGCCACUCGUUUGAGAUGAUCACUCCACCAAUGCCGACCACAUCGAAUGAGACUCUGAGGUCUCCUCGUAAAAAGUGUACACUCGUGCAGAUUCCAUUGAGUAAUCCGAAGUUGCUGCAUUUGUGCUCGAAUCUUGUGACAGUUUGUACAUCGCUGGUAAACUCUGGACGGCUGGAGGAUCUGCGUGAUAAGAUGCAUGCUUGUGCCCAGGCUGGACGUGGUGCAUUGGCUGCUUACGCACAGCUUGUGAAUUUGUUGAAUGAUGCCGUAGAGGCCCAGGUAUCGCGUCUACCACGUCGUAUGCAUAAGUCUUGGGGCGACGCGGAAUCUGCUGACGAAGGUGAGUGGGACUUGUACGAAAUGCUGAAGAGUUGCGAGCCAUGGCUACUGCAUGAGGCAUGGUGGGUGGUUCUGGAUGACGAUGACCAGCAGCAAGCAGGCGAUAAAGAGGAAGGCGCAUUGCGCCCACUACCGUACAUGAACGUGUUUGCGGACUAUUAUCACGCGAUCCGAGAUGCGGUACUUUCACCCCACGACCUGGAAGUGGCAGCCUCACUGCGUAAGGCAGCGGUUGCGGGCGCUACGGGUCUAACUGGUGAGUGGAGAGGCGAAGCCGACGAGCAUCACAUGCAGCAGCGACAGCGCGUUGCCUCUGUUCGAUCGGCUACGGCAGCGUCAUCACUUUCGUGGUUGGCACGUUGCGUUCAUACGCACACAACUAAGGUGCUCCACAUCACCGAAACGGACACGACUAUGACGUUAUCACUUCCGAACAGUUUGGUUUCUGCUGACGCAGUUUUUCUGCUGCAAUUGGAUCAGCAAGAACCGACGGUGGUUUUUCCUCAAGACUAUUUUCCGUUCGGAUGGUCUCGGAAGCGUUCAUUGAUGGCUUAUCGUGCUUGGCGUGUACGUGGUAUUGGCGACUCAAACGGCAGUGCUGUAGCUGUUCAAUUUAUGCGCUGGCCUGACGAUAAUGAGCUCGAUGCUGUUGAGAACGACGAAGAAGAGGAGGAACUAGAUGAUGAUGAUGAAGCAGAUGACUCUCCCGAAGAGCCGGAAGAGGAGCCUAUUGGUCGUCGCGGACGACGGCCAAAGCGUCUGCGUACACGAAUAACCAUCUACUUUUCGGUAUUCUCCACGACGACUCUUCAGCUACGUACAAUUGUUGAAGCGAGCCUCGCCCCUGCUGCCGCUCUGCCGGCCUCCAUGCCAGCGCAGCCCACCGAAGCUGAUAUGCUGCGAUAUUUCAAAGCGCCAUCGUCCUGGGAAAUGCGAUCGCAAAUUUCGCAGCAGUACACGAAGAACAUAUAA